AUGCUGCGUUACAGCACGCCGCAGCCCUCACCGCCGAUGUCGCCGCUGGUCGCCCCGGCGACGCCGUGCAUCCCGGGCGCCGCCGCCGGCGGGGCGGGUCCAGUUCCAGAGGCGGCGCCGACGCUUCCGCCGGCCUCGCCGCGCACGCCCCGCCCCGCGAUCACGCUCACAGCGCCGCCGUCCAACAAGCGGAGGCGCCGCGGGGCCGCGCGCUCGUCCCUGCGCGCCAUCCGCGCCGUGCGCGCGCUGUUCCGGUCCCUCCCGAUCCUCGCCCCGGCGUGCCGCUUCCCGGGCGUCAUCCCGCGCCACGGCGCCGGCGGGGGCGGGGGCGGCGGGCCGCGCGGGCAGGACGGCCACGUCAGCGGCGCGUCGCGCACGACGGGGACGCUGUUCGGGCACCGCAGGGCGCGGGUGACGCUGGCGGUGCAGGAGACGCCCGGGAGCGUGCCCAUCCUGCUGCUCGAGCUCGCCAUGCAGACGGGGAGGUUCAUGCAGGAGAUGGGCGCCGAGCACCUGCGCGUCGCGCUCGAGUGCGAGAAGAAGCCGCCGGGCGCCGGCGCGGGGAUCGGCCGCACCAGGCUGCUCGACGAGCCGCUAUGGACGGCCUACGUCAACGGCCGCAAGAUCGGGUACGCCGUGCGCCGGGAGCCCACGGACGACGACCUCACCGUCAUGCAGCUCCUGCGCACCGUGUCGGCAGGCGCCGGCGUCCUGCCGGCUGACGUCGUUGGCGCUGGAACGGCGCCGGAGGGGCAGGAGGCCGGCGACCUGGCGUACAUGCGCGCGCACUUCGACCGAGUGGUUGGGUCUCGGGACUCGGAGUCGUUCUACAUGCUCAACCCUGAUGGUAACAAUGGUCCGGAGCUUAGCAUCUUCUUCAUCAGGAUAUGAAACUACGCUGUGACACUGCUCCCCUUUCACAUUUCUUUUUGCGUGACAGAAACUAGCGUGUACAACAUAGUUUUAGCUCCCCCUAGUUUAAGUUGUACGGGUAGCUCAAAUUGAUUUGUUUGUCUCUGUUCUAUGUCACUGCCGGAUGAUAUAGAUGUCUCA